AUGCUACGGUAUCCAAUUAGACGACUUACAACAACAGCUCCUACUCUUUAUGCUAUUCCUAAAAAGAACAAGUUACCCCCACGACCAAAAUGGUUAGUUAAAGAGGAAGACAUUCAAGAAAGUUUUAUUAAAGGUGGCCGAGGUCCAGGAGGACAAAAAAUUAACAAGACAAAUUCAAAAGUACAAUUAACUCAUAAACCUACUGGAAUAGUAGUCACAUGUCAAGCAACAAGAUCACAAGAACAGAAUAGGAAAAAGGCGAGAGAAAUAUUAGCUUUGAAGUUGGAUGAUUUAUAUAAUCCAGAGACUAGUAGGAAUGCUUUAUUAACAGAAAGAGCCCAGAAAGUUAAACAGAGUAAAGCAAAGAAAUCAAAUAGAAAAUAUCGUGCACUAAAUGAAGCAAAGGAGGAAGAAAAGGCAUUACAAUUGGAACAAGAACAAAAGUUGUUUGAAGAACUUGGUGGCGUUGAUGAUGAAGAAGAAGAAGAGUUUGCUAAAUUUAUUAAAUCAGCAAAGAUUGAUUUGAAUGAGUUGAAAAAGUAG